UGGAACUGGGUUUUGAAGACAUCUGUGCCUCGGUGACUCAAUACCAAUGACCGUAGAUACUCAAUACGCUAUCGAAACGUCAAUAUUGAGCUUCCCGUCGGCAGCACAUAACGGUUUUGAAACCCUUUAUUCAGGCUUGGAUAUGCGCAUGCGUAGGAGGGUUUUACACGGUCGAUCGAAGCACGCGCUUGUGAGUCCUCAUUAUACACAAAUCAUUGUACACGUUUGUAAAUCAUCAUAUCGUUAUAUCGUACUCGUUCGUAACACUUAACUUUAUCUCUAUAUGAACUUGAAUAACAGGUUAACUCAACCACAAGCGCGAACUAGUGACGGAAUAAAAUAAUCUUCCGUCAUGAACGCGUUCAUAGUGAAACGUCAGUAUUUCCUGUUGUGAUGAACGUUUCCUUAUCAAAUUAACUUAUGAAUACAAUACCGCUUUGAAGAAGUGCACGUAAUGUUUGAAUAUAGGACAAAAUUAACAUAUAACACCUAUUUUAUUAUUUGUGCUGGAUAAAUUUGCAAAUUUCCACUAUUUGGCUUCUAAUUGUGCAAUAUUUGACUUGUUUAUCGACUGAACGAGUCAAGUGUAGCCCCUGCCUUUAAAAAAAAGAAACUUUAAGCAGGAAGGAAAUGCGCCUGGGAUUGUUUUAGUACUGCUCUGACAUUCAAAGUGUAGAGGUGUCCAUGUUUGUAAGGGAUUAUCUCUUCCUGCUUUGGGUGUGUCUACUACCUCCUGGGUUACAGUACACAUCCACGGUCCCAGUGCUUGAACACAUGGCAUGAUAGCAGAUCGCUAGAGCUGUCCGCGACAUUUUAGAAAAGUGAAGUGAAAGUGUGAAGAUGGCAAACAGACCAGCCCUGCCCACUGCUGAAGGUGGAGAAGCAGAUGCAAGGAGUAAAAUCAGUGAUUCCUUCUCAUUUUUGGAUGUCCUCCAUGCCAAUCAGUUUGAAGGAGAGUUUAUUGAACCUCAACACGCUGAGCAAGUGGAGGAAAACUUUUACAGAGGGGCCCCACCGAACUGGUUCAACUUCUAUAUCAGUGAACAAGCAGUGUCAGAUGGCAAUGCAACUCCUUUUAUCAAACGAGAUGGAUAUGAAACCCUUAAAGAACAAAUUCACCUGAGAAGAAAAGGCCCUGGGACAUCAACAAUUAAACUGUUUCAUCAACAAGGAUGUGGGGGAACCACACUGGCUAUGCAGGUGCUGUGGGACUUGAGGAAAACCUUCAGAUGUGCUGUUUUGACAGGUUCAACAUUAGAUAUCACAAAAGUUGCGCAAGAUGUGGUCAGCCUUUUUACAGCAGGUAGCCAUGGCCACCAGAAAACGGUACUGUUGUUACUAAAUGAUGAGUUCAUAUUGGACAUCCUCCAGGACAGGAUUAUGGAAGAGAUUGCUGAACAGGAUAUAGAAAUUGAUUUGCCUGUGGUAAUUUUACUGAACUGUGUGAGAAGCAGUGACGGGAUUAUCCACCAAAAGGCGCGUUCUUAUGAACUGAAACAAAAGUUCAAGAGGAAAAUGAGAAAAUCUAUUAUUCUCAAAAAAUCUCUCUCAGACAGAGAGCAAGCAGACUUUGAUAUGAAAAAAGAAGAGCUUGGCAGAAGAUUUGGUGAUCGAUGCAAGCAGUUUCAUGGUUUUAACAUUCUGCAGUCUAAUUUCUCUCAAGCCUACAUCAGGAACGCAUGUGCUACAUUAGAACAUAUCAAAAGAACAAAUAAGCCACUGAAGAUGCAGCUUGCUGCCUUCCUGUGUCUGCUGAACGCCUACGUACCAGGUUCAUAUCUCCUGGAGUCUCAGUGCCUGGACUUCCUCAGAAGAGACAAGUUUGGUCACCUUUCACUGGAGGAUCAAAUGCAGCCUUUCAGUCAUCUGAUCGUCACCUUCCAACAAGGUGAAAGAUCUGAAAAAAAGGUUUGCAUGGCUCACAAUAUGAUAGCUCAGUGUUGUACUGAACAGUUGGCUAAUGCGGGUGUGACCAGAAGUGACACAACAAGACACUUCUUGAACAGUUUUUGCAGAAGUUAUGUUCCUCCAUAUUUACUUGGGUUUAUCAAAGACAUGCUAAAUAAAAGAGAAAUUACGGUAAUAGAGGACCCAACUCAUGGCAUUAAAGAAUGGAAAGAAAAGUUUUCCAGACUGAUUCAAGAUAUUACAAAAAGAGAAGAUGAGGGCAACAGUCUGUCAGUUUUGAUCAUGGCCUCAAAUAAGUUUUAUGAAGUUUCACUUUUUCCACAGACUCUUGCUCGUUUUUAUUAUAUUCAACUAGAAGACUACUACAAUGCAGAAAUCUGGGCAAAAGAAGCAAAGCGGAGGGCUCCUUGGAGUUCAUUUGUUGCAGAUACACUAGGCCAAGUCCAUAAGAGCCACCUAAAGAAGAUGCCCGUUUAUACCAGACCAAGCGAAAUUUUGCAACUGGCCCAAAAAGCCAUUGAAGCUUUUGAAGAUGAAGAAAAACUUGCUAAAAAUGAACAUGCAAAGGGUAAACAAGGAGAUGGGAAUGUAAAAGUCUUGCGUGCUUUAAACACCAGAGGGCUGUUUGGUUAUCUGGAAGUUUGCAGCCUGUUGUAUGACCAUCUUAUCAGACAUGAUGAACUUUGGAAGCAAGUUCUCACAAGAACCAUGUCACUGGACUCUGUCCUGAAAUCCACCGGAGAUAGGAACAUUGUCAGGUUUAAGGAGCUAAUAAACAGCCUCAGAGAUUUGGUUGAGAAAAGAUUUGAAUUUUUUGACACGUUUUUAACGUAUUCAUAUUCUGUUGUUAAAAGAGACGAUUCAUCCUACAUGUCCAGAAAGACAAUAGAAUGCUACAAAAAGUAUGUUGGAGACGCAGAACCAAAUGAUCAACUCCAGAAAGCCUUCCACAAACUUAAACAAAAACUGGCUGUCACUUCUCCGGGAGUACUUUCAUGUCUUGAAAGAUGCACUAGAUCAGACACCAAGGACAUUGCUGUAUGGUGGAGAGAAAUCUGCCAACACAAACAUUCUGCUACACAUGCCUUACUCAACUACGUUCUGGCCAAUAUCAUGCUGAUAAAUAUGAAAGAACCUCCCUCCAGUGCCGACUACCAAAGCAGCUUUAGAGAGAAAAUGCCAUUGGCUCCUGAGAUGCAACCCGAGUUUCACAUGUUAGCUCUGCUGUUGUGUUGGCCUACAGAUGGUGAACACGAAUUGGCCUCUGACCUACCUCAUUUAAUCCAAAAUAUUCUGCAAUCCUAUGAACAAGAAUAUAAGUCACUCUUUCAGUCAAGGUACCUUCGACCCAUAUUUUUUCUUGGACCGGGUCAGGGUCUGAACAGAUUUGUUCACAGACGCAACCUUGAAAUCUUGUGGACCCAAGAUGCACUGGAAGACCCAAAAACAAACUGGAGGAAUGACGAUAUUUUCACUGAUCCGACAGUCCAAGGCAAACUCCUCAGAAUUGAAGGUAUAGUGCAAGAUUACAGGCUGUAUGCAACAUUUGGUGACACAGAGAUCGAGUUAGAUGCCAACCGAAAAGACAGCCUCUGGAAAAAAGGCCAUGUGUUCUUUUAUCUUGGAUUUACAAUCGGAGGUCCUGUUGCUUACAACGUUCACAGAGCUGAGGAACCAUCAGAGAGACUUCUGAAGACUUUUGACAAUGAAACAGACUCCAGUCAGUGGACGAAGCUGAAACCUGAAGUUGAGAUAAUGGAGGAGGUUCAUACUUACAGCCUGCAGUCUGAAAGUGGCAAAUAUGAAUGCAGCGAGUCUGCCUUGCGGUGGGUUUGUAAGGAAACCGUCAGCUUCAGAUACCAGUUUAGCUCAUGGGAGCGAUUCAUGAGGAAACCUGUAUGCAUGGACUACAUACCAGCAGGACCCCUAAUGGACAUCAAAGUCACAGAUGGGAAGCUAGAGGAAGUCUGUCUGCCGCACUGGAUCUGUACAGGUGAAAAUGCAGCAAUGUCAGACAUAUUUCGAGUUCUGCAUGUGGACAGCAGUGGAGGUUAUUUGGAGCAAGUGUCUGAAAUGACAUCAUCCCAUGUGAAGUUAAACAAGCCGGAGUUCUUUCUAAGAGGAGCCAUGAUCCUAAAGAAACUGGGCCUAUAUCUAAAAGUUUUUGCUGAUGUCUUGAUAUACAUGCAAAUCACAUCUGGCCUCACUCUGCACGUUUACCUGGUCCCACAUGAUCCUCUAAUACAACAGGAAGUGGAGAAGAAGGAGAAAUCUGACGGAUUCAGAAAAAUCCGAAAGACAAGUCCUGUUGACCCUGUACAGCUGGAGAGUUAUUUCUACCUCUCAACAGACUGGGACACAGCACAAAUCUGCCCUGAGAAACAGCAGUUCAUGUUGGAGUGGAGCGACACUAAUUUCUUUGAGGUGGUCAUUGGAAAUGAAAAAAGCGACUUCGGAAACGUGAAACUGAAACUUGAAGUUGAGCGCAGGGGAGGAAAGGAAAAGGACACCGUGUGGACGUGCACUAUCGGAACAGAUGACUAUUAAACUCAAGCAUUCACCAAGAACAGGGUAAGAGGAUUUCGUGGUUUGCCAUUGGACAGCUCUGAUUGGCAGAGCGAGUGAGGCAGCAGCUGUUGUAGACGAGCUUCAGGAAAAGGAUGUGAUCUCUGAGGACAAACAUGGUGAUGAGAGAAGUUCAAAUGCAACAUGAGACCAAAUGAGACAGAUUGUUUAGUCUGUGACGCUGACACAACAGAGCAGAGAUGUCUAUAAAAUCCUGAGAGGGAUGAAGUCUGAGGUUUCUCAUGUAUGAGCUUGAAGGAUCUCAGUGAAAGAACAUGACUGUAAUGACUGCUUAGAAAAUGGAGUCGAUCUGUACAUUUGAUUAACAUGCGGCCUUUCCGUACCUCCUGUGCAAGAAUAUGAUGUGAAAGAAUGUGAAUACUGAUAUUAAAUGAUUAAACCUAAUUUUAUCUAGUUAGUGGCAUAAACAUUAAGGGUUAAAUCUAUUGUUUAAGGUAUAUAAACCUAUGAACAUUGCAGAAUCUUGUUUUCGCAACCAAAUAAUUGUUUUUUUCUGUUUUUUGAAAAUGUAAAAAAUGCCUUUUUUAAACAAAAUUUUACCUUUUUUUUGUCUUUCUAAUUUUAUGUGUUUUAUGUUUUCUACAAGAUGGGUUAAUCUUUAUUCAGAAGAUGAGAAAAUAUUUAAAUAAACAGACUUAAUUAUAAUAACUCACAUUUUAUUAUAACUACUUUGUUUUAAUUAAAAGUGAAAAAUGAUAUCGUGCCUACGUUUGGUGUUCAAACUUUUCAAUGAAGCAGAAUAAUUUGUAGAUUAAAUAAUAAAAAAAAAGUUUUGAG